AUGUACAGAAAACUACCCAAAAUACCUGUUGGUGAAACUGCAGAGAAAAAGGAACCCUACUCCAUUGCUGCGGGGAAGGCAGGCUGGUGCAGCAACUCUGGAAGUCAGUAUGGAAAACACUCAGGUAUGGAAAACGUGAAUAUGAGAGACAGGCCAUUCCUGACAACUCAGAGAAAUGCUAGCUCAGCAGAUAAUCUGGUAUUUCGAGUGAAAAAUGGGAUAAAAAGUAAAAAGUACAAACCAGUGGACUAUCAACAAUUGCAUGCUUUAACUGAAGCAAAGAAGUUAGCUUCUGCGUCAUCAGAGCUAAAGAUCAGAAAAGCACUGCAGACUUCAAAGUUAUCUAAAGAACAGCGGCUAAUGAAACAGCACAAGCAAGUGUGGUGGCAAGAGCACCAAAGACUAAAUCAAGCCAGAAUCAAAACUGAAUCUGAAAUAAAAUGUUUUAUCAAUGAAGAGAAUGUUGGAAGCAAAUGUCUUUGCGAUCUUACAAAUUUUGAGCAAGAGUUAUCAGAACACUGGUGCAUAUUUCUUAAAAAUGUGAUAAAUCCCCUUCAGCAGCUGAGGGCAGAUCUGAAGUACAGAGAGCAUCAUCUCUUACCGCCUUCACAUCCCCACACUGAAGUUAACUCUGUGGAAGUGCUAGAAGAGAUUGACUCUGUGAAGAAGCAAUUGAAAACCGUAUUCGACAAACUUAACCUAGAGCAACAAAAAAUAGAAACAGACCUUUCGGACUGGAGUAGAAAAAUACUGGAUUAUUCUUUGGAAGAGGAAAUUAGCAUGCUUACUGAACUUCCAAUUGAACUACAAGUUUUAGAGUGCCCAUACCCUGAUUUGAAGUCUGCAAUCAUUAAUGAGUUCUGCAACUUUACAGAGAAAUAUCAAAAGAAACUGCAUGAUGUUGAUCUGCAGCUGGGAGACAUACUCAGAAACUUCCAACUCAGUGAAGAAGAAAAUUGGAUUUAUCAGGCUGUUUUGGAUCAGUAUCCUGGAGAUCUCUAUGGCAGAAGGACUCUAUACCUGGAUAUGUUACAAAGAUACUUUCCUCACAAAUCUAGGCGGCAUUUGGUUGAACAUGAGAAAUAUUAUGACCGAUAUCACUUUGCUCAGGAGCAGCGAAGGAUCCUGAUGUCAAAUUGGCAUAAGCAUAGGGAAGACUUUAUACAGAAGGCUCUGCUGACCCUUGCUGAGGCCUGUGUAGCUUAUGAAAUGGAAAGCAGCUUGGUGAAAGACAGAAAAAAGCAACAAGAGUUGUGUGCUGAUCUGAAAGCCAAGGUUCUUCAGUGGAGAGUCCACCAGGAAGAGGUAGCAAGAUUAGAAGUGGAAAUUUCUGAGAGAAGAAGAGAAAAGGCAAAAGAAAAGGAGAAGCUGUGGAAGAAGAAGGAAUUCUUACAGAGGGAAGAGAAGAAAAGAGAGAUAAAAAAAUACUUGGCUGAGAAAGAACAGAAGUGGCAAGAAAUGGAAAUGAGAGAUCUCAGGCGCCUAGAGGAACUAAAGAAAUUAAUGGCUGCACAGGCGGUAAAAGACAAAGAAAGGGUCAAAUAUAGACAAGAGUUAUUGGAAAAGCGUUUGAUGGAGAAACGGGAGGCAGCCCUCCAGGAAGCACAUGAAGAAGAAGAGAGAGCAAGGCGGCUGGAGGCCCUCAGGCAACAGGUUGCUGUUGUCGCUGAAUUCGAUCCUGUUAGAAUGAUGUCAGAUACAAUGGCAUCCAAAGCUAGGAUGGAUACUGAAAUGCAGGAAGAAUUUAUUCUUCAAAAGCCACUCUUCUCAUUGAACACAUACAGUGAAAAGCAGAUAAUUUCUGAUCCUAGACUUCGUGUGGAAUUAGCACUUAGAGAAGCUGGACUUCAUAACACAUGUUAUGCCCAAGAGAUUUUGCCAAAAAUCAGUCCGCAAAAACCUCCAAGAAGGGACAUGGAGUCUACUGUAUUUAAAAGCUAG